AUGUUUACACCUCUCGGGCUGUUCAAGGACGUUCCUUGUCCGGGAGGUCAACAAUGCUCUCUCCUGACCUGCAUAUUUUCUCACAAUCCUGCGAGCUCUUCGCUAGUUGAUCAGAGCAAUAUUCAAGAUACGCCUGUAGCACCAGAAGAGGCAUAUGAGUCAGGCCCGCCUCCGAAGAAGCCUAGGCUGGAGACUCCACCAAAGACUGCCGUGAAAAGAGCCCAAGCCUUGCCAGAGCCUAAAAGGGAAUCUACAAAAUCAGUCCCUGCUCCAAAGGCUGUGACGGGCAGCAAACCAGAACAAACAACUGGACGCGCUGGUCAGCUUCAGUCGAUGACCCGCGAAGUCUCCCCUCCAACGUUGCGGAAAGAGUUUUCGCCAAAGAAAGAUGCUCCUCCCGCAUCUAUGCAGGGCGAAGCGCGGUUACCACCUAGACGAGCUCCCCGAGAAAGUCUGAACCCGCGCAUGCUCCCGAAGGCACCUGCGACUCAUGGUGUGCGGCUAUCCAUAUUGACAAAGCUUCACGCCGCUAUGUGUGCCCUCAAUGAGAAAUUGGCAAAGGAGGAAGGGAGUACGGAUAAUCCAUUAGUCUUAUCUCCCAAUGAACUUGUGACAAUGGCGCUGGAUGAAGAGGAGAAGGCAGCAAAAGAUAACCCGGGCAUAUAUGCGAACGUCAUCAAACUUCGGAUUGUUAAGCUCCCAAAACUGAGCUUAGAAGAAUGGAAGAAGGAAGUGAAAGCUCAUCUGAAUGAGAGAUAUUAUAAGAUUGAGCCGGCCCAGCAGAACGCUCAGCAAAAGGCACUCGAAACUGGACUCAGUGCAAAGGAAGAAAUUGCCGUUGCUAGCAAGCUGAUCACACCUCUGGAAGGGCUCGAACAGUAUGGUUAUGUGACCAGGAAGCCUACCAAGGAAGAAGUCGAGAAUGCACGGAGGGGAGUCAGCGAGUCAAAAGGCUGGGAGAAGUGCGAUAGAUGUGGCGGACGAUUUCAAGUCUUUCCUGGCCGUCGUGAAGAUGGCUCAUUGACCACUGGAGGUCAAUGCACAUACCAUCCUGGCAAGCCAUACUACCCACCGAGAAGACAAACAGACCACAUCACCGGUGCUAGAGAAGCAUACUUUCCUUGCUGCAACGAGUCCAUCGGAACUUCGUCUGGCUGUACCAAGGGAAACACGCAUGUGUUCAAAGUAUCUGAAUCUAAACGCCUGGCGUCUAUCCUUCAGUUCGAAGAGACACCAACCCAGGCCGAUAAAGGGCCCCAGCAGCCGGUCUGUUUCGACUGCGAGAUGGGAUACACAACUCUCGGACUUGAGCUCAUUCGUCUAACCGCGGUCAGCUGGCCUCAAGGAAAGCUCCUUUUGGACGUUCUCGUUCGACCCAUGGGCGAAAUUCUGGACCUCAACUCGCGCUUCUCAGGCGUGUUUCCCGAGCAUUACAAAAAGGCAGUUCCCUAUAUUGGCACUAGCAGCCCUUCCGCUACUGAGGAUGGCGCCUUGCAGGUUGUGGAAUCACCAGCAGCGGCACGUGCGCUCCUAUUCAAAUUUCUACAACCUGAUACGCCAUUGAUUGGCCAUGCUAUCGACAACGACCUCAACGCUUGCCGUAUUAUACAUCCAACAAUCAUCGAUACCGUGCUUCUCUACCCACACCCACGAGGGCUGCCGAUUCGCAUGGGCCUCAAAGCUCUCGUCAAGAAGUAUCUGGAUCGAGACAUUCAAACAAAAGGCAGUCAAGGUCAUGAUUCCAAAGAAGACGCGAUAGCCACCGGUGAUUUGGUCAGGGUCAAAGCCGCUGAAACGUGGAAGAUCUUGAAGUCCAAGGGAUGGCGGAUAGAGGGCAGCAAGCUCAUACCUCCUCCUGGCGCAAAGGAUGCGGCAGAGGAUUCGAACCUUGGGCCUGGAGCCGGCCACAAAAGAAAGGAUACGGAGUGA